AAAAAUACAAACUAGAAGUAUCGGGAAGUUUCUUCGUGUUUCCAUAUCCAGAAAUUUCUCGGCCAUACUCUGAAUCAUGUAUAAAUCACAAUCCCAGUCGGAAGUGACGAAUCAAAAUAACCGUUGAUAAAUUAGCAAAAUCGCAGACAGUCAAUCAAGCCAAGCAAAUUCUCCUUUCAAGUUACAUCAGUUUCAAAUAAACGUCGGAAGAUGUCGAUCAUUCCAAGUUUCUUCGGUGGCCGACGAAGCAGCAUCUUCGAUCCAUUCUCACUCGACAUCUGGGAUCCUUUCAAAGAUUUCCCAAUUUCAUCUUCGUCAGAUCAUGUUUCAAGUGAAACCUCUGCCUUGGUGAACACACGUGUGGAUUGGAAGGAAACCCCAGAAGCCCAUGUGUUUAAAGCCGAUCUUCCUGGGAUCAAGAAAGAAGAAAUCAAGGUGGAGGUGGAGGACGACAGGAUCCUACAAAUCAGUGGCGAGAGAAAUGUCGAGAAAGAAGAUAAAAACGAUACUUGGCAUCGUGUGGAGCGCAGCAGCGGGAAGUUCACCAGAAGGUUCAGGUUGCCGGAGAAUGCUAAGAUGGAUCAGGUGAAAGCAGCCAUGGAAAACGGAGUGCUCACAAUUACUGUCCCCAAAGAAGAAGUGAAGAAGCCCGAUGUGAAGUCCAUUGAGAUCUCUGGUUAAAGAAAUUCCACCGUCUACAAAGUUAUACAUAAUUAUGGGUGUAUAUUGCUGAGUCUACUUGGUUAUGUUUUGUUGUGGGUGUCGAUAAUUCUGGUGUAAUGUUGUUUUCUUUUGCAUUUGAAUCGUCCACCAUGUGUUCGAUGAAAUGCGUAGCAGGAUUGGUAUAUUGUCUUUGUAAUUUCGAUGAAGAAUAAAUAUAUGUUAUUGUUGGUAUUGUUGCAA